AUGAGAACCGAAACUAUAACAGCUCUCAUCUUCGUCUUACUAUUUGGUUUUGUUUCAGCAGUUUCAUUUAGCAAGAUUCAACUGCCGAGAAAUGCGAGUGGGCCUGAGGCACUUGCUUUCGAGUUGGGAACCGGACACUUCUUUACGGGCGUAGCCGAUGGUAGAAUUCUGAAAUAUCAGGGUCCGUCCAUUGGCUUUGUCGACUUCGGAUUUGCUGCUCCUAACAGGUCGAACUUGACGUGCGAUGGCAGUGGCACAGACUUGGCCAGUCUGAAUCCAAGUUGUGGAAGGACAUUCGGGAUGGCGUUGCACCACCAAACGAAAUGCUUGUAUGUUUGCGAUGCGUUUUUCGGAUUCGGAGUCCUGGGUCCUGAAGGAGGAUUGGUAACCAUACUUUCAACCAUUGCCGAAGGCGAACCUUAUCGUUUAUGCAACUCUGUCGACGUCCAUCAACCAACCGGAAAUGUCUACUUCACUGAUGCCAGUGCUGUUUACGAUAUAAGACAAUUCGAAACAGCAGCAAGUGUUAAGGAUUCGACGGGGAGGCUGCUAAAGUACGACGUUGAAAACAAGCAAGUGACAGUGUUAUUAAGGAAUCUUACAUUUCCAGGAGGGGUUGCAGUUGAUGAAGAAGAAGAAUUCGUCCUAGUUUCCGAGUUCAUCGGAAACAGGAUUCGAAAGAUUCAGCUUCAAGGCCGUAACCCCUACGAAUCUGACAUCGUAAGCACUCGGCCGAUGCCGGAUAACAUUAAAAAGGCAAUAUCAGAUGGUUUCUGGAUAGCAGCACAGAGGAUAGAUCGAUAUACACGACCGAGUUUGCAGCCUGUAGGAGAACGGAUAAAUGCAAGUGGAAAUCGUACAGGAACAGUUCAUCUUCAGCAAUGGUAUGCAAAUAUCAUUGUGAGUGAAGUUCAGGAGUUUGAUUCUAAGCUUUAUAUAGCGUCACCGUUUGAGGAUUUCAUUGGUGUUUAUGAGCAUUAAAAUUGAAAAAUCCUGAAACUGAAAUUA